GCCUAUUAUAUAUUUUAAAAUAUUGUAAGUAGGUAUUAAGAAUGAUGUAAGUAGACAUUUAAGAUAUUGAUAAUAAGUAUUAAGGAUACGGUAAGUAAGCAUUAAAGAUAUGGUAAUUAGGCAUUAAUUUUUAAUGGGUUGGGCUUAAAAUAUGUCUCUCAAAAAUACGAUCUUUCAAGAAACUAGCUGUUUAGGUUAUUUAUAUGGGGAGAUGAUUACAUACAAGACUUGCUUAAGAUUUUUUUAGUGUAAACUUAGAGGAACAAAGGAAAUAUAAAGCCUAGUUUUUAUAGAGAAUAAUUUACUUAACGAAAUUUUUAAAAGCUUAUCAACUAAAUUUUUUUUAAUUUAAUGUGAAAACAACAUUAUGCUAUCUCAAAGGGACAUUCUUGGUUGGUCCCCCAAUGGAGUAAAUACUAUUAAUUACAUACAUCUAAACUCUUUCUAUUCCAAAGACUUUGUUGUCCGUUUUAUAUAAUGCAUGCUCAUCUAAUCACAAUACAAAAAAGAAAUUAGAUAGCAACUUAAUAAUAAGGUUUGAAUGAAGAACAAAUUUCUUGUAUUUGGGCAAGAUAAAGCCAGUAUGGGAAUAGGAGGAAGGCGGAGUACUGACAAAAAAAGUAAAAGUAUGGGGAGUGUUACAGGGGAAAAGCAUAAUCGCUGUGUGAUCCUUCCGUCUUCAGCUGAUAUCAUAGCUGAAGCUAUUGAAAGAAAACACACUAACUGGUUUGUUCGAACAAAAGUCCCAAGCGAUCUAGUCAUACAAAUUGGAAACAAGAGUAAAUUUCACUUGCACAUGCUCCCCAUGAUCUCAAGAAGUGCCUAUCUCAACAGACUAGUGUUCGAGAAGAAAAACGCAGGCGGGUCAAUGAACAACUUAAACAUCGAACUGAACAACCUUCCUGGUGGAGCAGAUAUAUUCGAGUUUAUAGUCAAAUUCUGUUAUGGUUGGAAGAUUGAUCUUACUGCCAGUAAUGCUGCACUGCUAUACUGUGCUGCAAACUUCUUAGAAAUGGUCGAUGAUCUAGAAAGUGGGAACCUUAUUUCUAGAACCGAAACAUUCUUAAGUUUCGUAAUCUUUUCUUCGUGGAAAGACACAUUCCUUGUUCUGAAAACGUGCGAGACAAUCUCUUCAUAUGCCCGAGAACUACACAUACAAAGAAGGUGUUCUGAGGCCAUUGCUUGGAAAAUCUGCACAGACCCAACCGCGAUUUCUGUUGGGAACGAUGAAUCACAAUGCUUCAAUUAUUCGGUUGAAAACCACACAGAUUACUCAUAUGAGAAAAAAGUAGCAGAAAAUUGGUGGUUUGAAGACGUUUCGACACUUAGAAUCGAUCAUUUCAUAGAAGUUUUGGGGAUUAUUAAGCAGAAAGGACUUAAACCGAAGGUGUUGGGAUCUUGUAUAGCUUACUGGACCAGGAAAUGGCUAUCGCGAAUCUCAUUUGGAGUUUGUAUACCAAACCAUAAAAGUAUGAACCAUCAAGUAAGGAGGGUGAUAGUAGAAAGCUUGAUCAGGGUAAUUCCUGUUGAGGUAAACUCGGUUUCUUGCAAUUUUUUGCUUCAUCUUUUAAAGCUUGGUUCUAUGAUGAAAAUAGAUAUUAGUUUAUUGUCUAAUUUGGAGCAAAGAAUUGCCUUAACCUUAGAGGAUUGUAUCCCAUUAGACCUUUUGGUUAAGAAUUUUGGGGAAAGUGAGACUUUAUAUGAUGUGGGUAUUGUUGCUAGAAUAGUGGAUGCUUAUGUUUCUCUUAGUGUGAGAAAUGCUGCAUCAAAGAUGUUUGUUGUUGGGAGGCUGGUAGAUGGGUUUUUGGGUCUAAUUGCAAGGGAUAGGAGCCUUCCUUCGCAUGAUUUUCGGAGGCUUGCGGAGUCGUUGCCACAAAAUGCUCGAUAUUCUGACGACAAUCUCUACCGAGCCAUUGAUCGAUACCUUAAGGCACACCCAAAUUUGACGGAGGAAGAAAGGGAGGGGGUAUGCAGAGGCAUGGAGUACCAUAAGCUAUCACAAGAAGCACGCGAGCACGCAAUGAAGAAUGAUAGGUUACCCAUGAAUAUGACCACUCAAUUUAUCCUUCUCCAACAAGUUAAUAUGGUGAAGAUGAUGGUGAAUGAUGGGUCAAUGUAUCGAAGAACCAAAGCACAAACGAUUAUCAGCAAGCAAACUGAAUGUUUUAAGGUUCAAAACCAGAUGAAGAUUAUGAAACAAGAAGUUGAUAACUUGAAGAUUGAGCUUAAUAAAUUGCAAGUUUGUAGAGUAGAGAUCAAAAAACUUGCAAGGAGGUUGUAAAUUGAAACUAAUUAAGAUCAAAAUACACGGAUUUAUGUAAUGCUAAUAAUUAUUUUCUUAAUUUUAAAAGUAUUUAACAAAAACUAUCAUUAUUGUGUAUUGCAUGGGUACUAACCUGGAUAAUGUAUAAAAGAAAAUUAUAAUGAAGGGACAAAACAUAUUCUAUCUUAAAUUAAGUGGAUUGACUCCUAUAGAAUAAUGGAGUUGAUUGUAAAUUUCUUCUAUAAUAGGUUUCAAAAACUCUACCACUAAUGUU